AUGGCCAAGUGAUUAUCUAUUUGGUACUAUUUAUUUGUGAGGCAGAGAAAAUGGUGAAUACUCGAAACUGAGAAAAAGCUACUUCAGCGUAUAGCUGGAGAUUUUGCAGUAAUUGCUGCUGACUCUGAAAAAGAAAUUGAUGAGGCGUUUGAUGAGCUAGAGAAGUUGGAAGAUGAACUAUGGGAAUUUGAGGAUGAAAUGGAUGAAGCUGAUAUAGACGAUAAAGAUGAAAGGGAAGAAGUUGAGGACAUACAUAGGGAAGCAGAAGGAGAGAUGGAGGAAAAACUGCUGGCCUGAGCUGCAAGACUUGAAGAUGAGGUUUUGGAUGAGCGAGAGUUGUCAUCGUCAGAGAUUUGCACGAAAACAGUUAGCGAAAGACAAGAUGAGGGUAAAGAAAUUUGUAGAGAAGUGGAACCUAGCGGACAAGGCGAAGCAAAAUUGAAAGAGGUGAAAAAGGCAAAAAUGGUAAAUUUAAAAAAUCAAAAAAAGGUAAAAAGGGCAAAAAAGGCAAAAGAAGGAAAAAAGGUUAAAGCGGUUGGAGCACUGGAACUUAUGAUACUUGGCAAUUAG